AUGGCUGAAAACCUUCAAACGGUGCAGAUCUCUUCGACGACCACGUCUGUAUCCCAGGCGGUUGUAAGUGCGAAGAAGCGGUCACCACCCGCAAAAGCCAGGACCCAGACAGCCCGCGAGGCCCGAGACGAGAAGAUUAAUCCUUCUACGGCGUCGGGAGGCAUACCGAAUCCUACGGCGAAAUACCUUGCUGCAAGUGACGUUGUCCCGCAACUCUUACCCCAACCUCAACAUCUUCUUGUCAUCAUUGACCUGAACGGCACGCUUCUAUUCCGUCCUUCCAGAAAACAGCCUACGAAAUUCAUUUCUCGGCCCAAUACGGCCCCCUUCUUGCAAUACUGCGUCGACACUUUCUCCGUCGUAAUAUGGUCCUCAGCUAAGCUCGAAAAUGUCACCAACAUGUGCGACACCAUUCUGACACCGAACUUGAGAAAGAAAGUCAUCGCCGUCUGGGGACGAAACAAAUUCGGCCUUUCAAAGCAAGACUUCGAUCUACGCGUUCAGUGCUACAAGCGACUAACAACUGUAUGGAAUGAUAAGGGUAUCGCAAUCUCUCACCCUGAGUACGCCAACGGACGUCGAUGGGACCAAACAAAUACCGUUUUGGUGGAUGACUCUCUCGAGAAGGGCAGAAGUGAACCGUUUAAUCUUUUGGAGGUACCCGAAUUCUUUGGGAACGCGAACGAACAGGGCCGAAUUCUACCGCAGGUACAUGACUACUUGAACUACCUCAGUAUGCAUUCAAAUGUCAGUGCGUGUCUUCGAGACAAUCCCUUCAAGCCUCUGCUGCCCUCCUGA